CGGAAGGGAGGCUGCCGGCCCCCGCGGCCGCGCCUCCCCGACACUACAACUCCCACGGGGCAGCGGGACUCCGCUCCCGCACCCGCCAGGCCGGCAGGCCGCCUGCUUCGCUCGCGGCGGGUCCGGCGGCCGCCGCGGGAAGAGGCGCGAAGAUGGCGGACGCAGUGGCGGGCAGGGACAGGUGCGGGGAGCAGCGGCUGGUGUCGCUGCCGCUGUCCCGCAUCCGGGUCAUCAUGAAGAGCUCGCCCGAGGUGUCCAGCAUCAACCAGGAGGCGCUAGUGCUCACGGCCAAAGCCACGGAACUUUUUGUUCAGUAUCUAGCCACCUAUUCCUACAGACAUGGCAACGGAAAAGAAAGGAAAGCACUCACUUACAGUGAUUUAUCGCAUACUGCCGAGGAAUCGGAAACCUUUCAGUUUCUGGCAGAUAUAUUACCAAAGAAGAUUUUAGCUAGUAAGUAUCUGAAGAUGCUUAAAGAGAAGAGGGAAGAGGACGAGGAGGAGAAUGACACGGACGAUGGAAGUCCUGGGGACGAAGCAGAGUCCUAAAGCCACAGCCAGCCUGCCGCGCGCGCCCUGUUGGAUCCGCACCAGUGCAGUGAACGCGGUGCCACCGCCGACCCCUCCCCAGAGACUUCAAGUACUUUGUAGGCGCUCCUGCCACGGCCGGGCUGCGGUGCCCACGGUGCCCACGCCGGAGAUGGCGCGGAGCCCGGGCGUCAGCCUUCCCCGGGGGCCCACGCUGCUGCUGCCGGGGCAUCUGCCGCGGGUAAGCUGUGGAGGCAGACUGCUGUCUUAACUUUUUAAUUCAAGGUUAGGUUCUAAAGAGCUGCUAAGUAUCAGUCGUGUCAAUUCAUAGAUGAAUACUUGGAAGUUAGUUCUUGUGAACGACUUUAGAUAUAGUUUGAGCUGAAAAUAGUUUAUAGGUAGUAUGUUACAUUUGAAAAUUUGACGAUUUGUCUAAAUACUGCAUUUUUAUUACUGAAAAAUAAAUUCAUUAGACGCUGUCCA